CAGACAGGCGCGCCCACUGCACACAUCCAGACCCUGCGCGCAACCAGUAACGGAGUUUAGUUCGGAUGGACGCGAGGAAGGGCUACACAUGAGAGAGAGAGAGAGAGAGAGAGAGAGAGAGGCAGUUUUCUACAGCCCGAGUGGGAAGUCACGGACCAAGCCCAAGCAAAACGCAGCUAAAAGGCGAAGUGACCCGUGUUCUCGAUCCGAAUACUGAGAUAAGGCGGCGGCGCUGCACUUUGAGGGUUUCUCGGGACACACCCAGUCCUGGCCUAAACAGAGGAGCUGAUGAUCAGAAAGAAGCGCAGGACAGGCAAAGGUCAUUUUGGAGAUCAGCCAAGCAUAAGCACAAAGAGUGUGAGAUAACUUCAGCACAGAGUUUACAUCCUUCCAACAAUGGGUGACUCCAGCGAGGACUAUGGAAACUACACUUACGAGUAUUACCUGGAGUAUGGCGACUUGGAAGAUCUUAAAGUAGAACACAGGCAAAGGGAAACGAUGCACAUUAUCUCAGUGGUUAUCUACAUUAUUUCCUUUGUGCUUGGUCUGAUUGGAAAUGGAACUGUUAUUUGGGUGACAGCGUUUAAAAGCAAAAAGACUGUCAACAGUGUGUGGUUGCUCAAUCUAGCCAUGGCAGACUUUGUGUUUGUGCUUUCUCUACCCUUCUACAUUGAUUACAUACUGCGGGACUUCCACUGGGACUUUGGCGUGGUCAUGUGUAAGCUUAACUCAUUUGUGUCCGUGAUGAACAUGUAUGCCAGUGUGCUUUUUCUCACAGUGCUCAGCAUAGACCGGUACGUUUCUCUUGUCCACCUCAACUGGUCUCAGAGGUAUCGCACUGUAAAAGGAGCCUGGGUUAUAUGUGGCUGCAUAUGGGCACUAGCUGGAGCCAUGAGCUGUCCUGCGCUGAUUUUUCGUGACACCAUGCGCUUACAUGACAAAGUGGUGUGCUUCAACAAUUUCCACGCACAGGACGGACAUACAGCAGCCAUGAGACACAUUAUAAUAGUGGCUCUGCGUACCACGGUGGGCUUCCUUCUGCCAUUUACUGCUAUUUGCGUGACAGGCAUACUUCUGACAAUCAAAGUCAAACAAUCUGGGGGCUCGGUUCGCCUGUCUAGCUUCUCCAAAACAGUCACUGCAGUAAUUCUGGCCUUCUUUGUAUGCUGGGCACCUUUUCAUACUUUUAGCUUAAUGGAGUUAUCAAUACAUUCCUCGUUAUACCUACACAACACACUGAAGGCUGGCUUUCCUCUUGCCACCAGCUUAGGCUUUUUUAACAGCUGCAUUAACCCCCUGCUCUAUAUUCUCUUGGGCAAAAAGGUUCGUCAUAUCCUGAAGCGUGCAUGCCUGGACAUAACAAAGAGUUCACUAAGAGAGCUGAGCCAGUCAGUCUCUGCCACUGAAAUGGAGUCUGUGCCAGGAUUUCAUCAGGAAAGUGUCCCAGAGGAGCCUGUGGUGUCAUCAACUCUAUGAUUGCAAGCAUCCUCAGACUCUUGUAAACUGUCCAUGAAAAAACAUGAGGGUGGCUGGUUAUUACUUUAGCAUAAACGUGGAAGAUUGUGUGUCUUCAAGAACCUCAAGCUGGUCCAGUUGCCUUCAAAUAGCCCAUAGAAACACCAUGACAUGGAUGACUGAGAAUCUUAAUAGAAAUCCACUCUCUGGUUCCAGCUUCUCUCAAGGACUUGCUGCUUUUCUUUGUCUUCUUUGUUAGUAAACUGAAUAUUUUGGAGUUUUUGACAGCUGGUCAGAAAAACAAGCAAUUUGUAGAUAUCUCUUUGGGUUGUGUAAAAUGUGAUGUAUAUUUUCACCAUUUUCAUACCAAUUUUUUAAUAAUGAAAUAAGCAUCAACAUAUUUACCUUUUUUUUAAAAAAAUGUACUCUCUUGAACGAAGGGCAUCUUCUCAUCAGUGCUCAAUAGGAUAUUUUGGUUCUUACAGGUGAGAUAUUAUGCCGAUAUCUGUUGUACUCUAACAUUAUGUUUUCGUACAGUUUAAUAUGGGCUGCUAGAAUCCAUAUUCAUGCAUUGUAGUGAUUUUUUAACUAGUUUAGAGAUGUAUAAAUAUUUUUAAUAAUAUAUUCCAAGUAAAUAUCAACUAUCCUAAUAAAAUUUGUUCUUCUGAGCAAAUACUGUACUUUGUUUCACUUGAUGUUAGCAGUAUGUGUCAUA